GAACAUGUACCCAUUCGCUACAGAUGAAGAAGCCUCUCCUUACAGCUACUCAGCCAUUUUUGAUUACAGCGCAAUGACCGGCUUCGACUUUGAGUAUGACUUUUGUCAGCCUAAAAUACUCACGUGCACUCCAGAACCAGAUGCAUUUAAUCCCUGUGAAGACAUCCUGGGAUACAGCUUUCUCAGAGUCCUCAUCUGGUUUAUAAAUAUCCUUGCCAUUGCUGGCAAUUUCACUGUACUCCUUGUUCUCAUAACUAGCCAUUACAAGCUCACCGUUCCUCGCUUCCUCAUGUGCAAUCUCUCCUUUGCUGACUUUUGCAUGGGACUUUAUCUGCUGCUCAUUGCUUCUGUCGAUGCCCAGACAAGUGGUCAGUACUACAACCAUGCAAUAGACUGGCAGACAGGCGGUGGCUGCAGCACUGCCGGCUUUUUCACCGUGUUUGCAAGCGAGCUCUCGGUGUACACACUAACGGUGAUCACUAUAGAAAGGUGGCAUACAAUCACCUACGCCAUGCAGCUGGAUCGAAAGCUACGACUGAGGCACGCCGUGCCGAUCAUGCUCAGUGGCUGGAUAUUCUCCAUUUUAAUAGCAGUGCUGCCUCUCUUAGGGGUCAGCAGUUACAUGAAGGUCAGCAUUUGUUUGCCCAUGGAUAUUGAAACAGGUCUUUCCCAAGCCUACAUACUGCUGAUCUUAGUGCUAAAUGUUGUCGCCUUCAUUGUCAUUUGUGUUUGCUACAUUAAGAUUUACAUAGCUGUUCAGAAUCCAGAGCUGAUAGCUGCCAAUAAAGAUACCAAGGUCGCCAAGAGAAUGGCAAUACUGAUCUUCACGGAUUUUACCUGCAUGGCCCCCAUCUCCUUUUUUGCCAUAUCUGCUGCCUUUAAAGUACCUCUCAUCACUGUGACAAACUCCAAGAUCUUGCUGGUUUUAUUUUACCCUGUCAACUCCUGUGCAAACCCAUUUCUCUAUGCAAUUUUCACCAAAGCAUUUCGAAGGGAUUUCUUUCUGCUGAUGAGCAAGCUUGGUUGCUGUAAGACCCGAGCAGAGCUUUACAGGAUGAACUAUUUCUCUGCUUAUACCUCCAACUACAAGAAUGGCAGCUCAGCCACAGGCCCCAGCAAAACCUCACAAGCACUGCUGUUCUUGUCAGCAUUAGAGAAGCCGUAUCCUGCAGUACAAGACAAGACAUCUUAAAAUGAAAAUUAAACCAGAGCGCCAAUAGAUGCAGCACUUUACAAGGCCAGCUGUAAUGACUCUAGUGACUAGGGAUGCUUUUAUAGUAUCUUGCAGAUUUCAUAAUAAAAAUGCCAAUCAAUAAUUCUCGUGCAAUGUAACUGUUCUGACAUUCAAAGUGGUAUUUUCCCUUUUCUUCUUUUGCAAUCAUAGGCGUGGAAGGUGACUGUUAGGCAAAACCCUUUUUUUGGGGAGCAACCAGAGGAGCCCAGAAGUAGUCAAGUUGCUCUUGAAGUUAACAGGUACUGUAGUGAUUGCAGUCUGGCUCCUUUCCCACCAGAUCUGCUUCUCUGGGGUAUUUAAAGCCUGUC